GUCCUCGAGGGACCGCGGCGUCUCCUGGUUUUCAUUCCAGCUCAAGCUCUCAGUUAACUCCACUGGUGGAAUUAUUUGCAUAAUUUGGACGUGUUUGAUAUUGAAGGUGUUUUCCAGCCUCUGAUUUUCAGACAGGCCCGUGAUUGAAGCUGCCCUGCCUGUAGCAGCACGCUGCGCCUAGAGAGAAGUGUUUGAAUGCCUGGUGGAGCGAUGCCUGAGUGAAGGGCCCUGUUGCUUUUCACAGGGUGUGGGCAGGACAGUUUACAAGCUGCUUCUCUCUCUCUCAUUCCCAGGCGGUAUUUCCCGUGGAAUCUCAUUCUCCUCUCUAUCUUCACUGUUAGCAUGGCCUGCAUGCUCGCCUUUAUAUCAAGCUACUACAACACCAAGUCUGUGCUUCUGUGUCUGGGGAUAACGGCCAUGGUGUGCCUCUCUGUCACCAUAUUCAGCUUCCAGACAAAGUUUGACUUCACUUCCUGUCAGGGUGUGCUGUUCGUUCUUAUGAUGGUGCUGUUCUUCAGUGGGAUUGUGAUGGCCAUCGUCCUGCCCUACAAAUAUGUUCCCUGGCUGCACGUUGUCUAUGCGAUUCUGGGGGCGAUCAUUUUCACCAUGUUCCUAGCCUUCGACACUCAAUUGCUGAUGGGAAAUCGACGCUAUGCGAUGAGCCCGGAGGAGUACAUCUUCGGAGCUCUGAACAUCUACCUGGACAUCGUCUAUGUGUUCUCCUUCUUCCUGCAGCUCUUUGGGACCCAGCGGGAGUGAGGGGGCUAGUGCCGCCCCCCUCCUCCACACCAGGAGUGAGGGGCCACCAUCAUUUUUGCCAUUUUUUGGAGUGCUGGUAAACAUCCUCUUUUGCCUCUGUGUGCUUCAGCUGCUUCACCUCCUCUCUGUGCGUCUCCUGCUGUCGUGAGCCUGCAUGGCCACACGCUGCGGAUUUAAAUCUUUGUGUGCAUGCCGGCUGAGCUCUGAGGCCGAGUCGUAGACUAGUAUUUCUUUAACUCCUUCAGCUCACAAACGUAAGAAAUAAUAAACGCUGUUUAAAAUGUAUACACACAUAUACAAAUAAGAAUAAUAAGGGAUGGCUUUGCUUUUAAUAAAACGAUCUUUAAACACCAAGCUAGAAAACACAACUACAGACAUAGCACCAAGCU